UUGGGCAAAUAAAAAAGCACAAAAUGGCAGAACUAUCAGGAUAUAAUGGCACUGAAGACACUCUGUUCUCAACAGGCAUUCCCUUCAACUCCACUGCUGAUUAUGAGGAUUUUGAGCCAGAGUCUGAUGCUAGCAAGAUCAUCAUCCCCUCCAUCUAUGCCCUAGUCUGCUGCGUGGGCAUCAUAGGCAAUGCCAUGGUCAUAUACGUCAUCCUUAAAUAUGCCAAGAUGAAAACAGCCACUAACAUUUACAUUUUGAACCUUGCUAUUGCUGACGAACUCUUCAUGCUGAGCGUUCCAUUCCUGGCUACAUCAGCCGCAGUGCGCCACUGGCCGUUUGGAUCGCUGAUGUGUCGGCUGGUCCUCAGCGUGGACGGCAUCAACAUGUUCACCAGCAUCUUUUGCUUGACGGUGCUGAGUGUGGACCGGUAUAUUGCGGUGGUGCAUCCAAUCAAGGCUGCCCGUUACCGUCGGCCUACCGUUGCUAAAGUGGUCAACGUUUGCGUGUGGGGACUAUCGCUUCUCGUCAUAUUGCCCAUCAUUAUCUUCGCUGACACAGUCCCAGCAGAGGAUGGAGGAGUAGACUGCAACUUCCUGUGGCCUGAGGCCUCAUGGUCAGAGGCGUUUGUGGUCUACACAUUCUUGCUGGGCUUCUUGCUGCCUGUGGCAGCUAUCUGCCUUUGCUACUGCCUGAUCGUGGUGCGAAUGCGAGCGGUAGGGCUAAAGGCCGGCUGGAUGCAGCGCCGGCGUUCCGAGAAGAAGAUCACCCGCAUGGUGUUGCUUGUGGUUGCAGUUUUUGUCCUUUGCUGGAUGCCCUUCUACAUCGUGCAGCUGAUUAGCGUGUUCCGCCAGCCGCCCGACCCCAUGGUGACUCAGCUGUUUGUCAUUCUAAGCUAUGCUAACAGCGGAGCUAAUCCUAUCCUAUAUGGAUUUGUGUCUGACAACUUUCGGCGGUCCUUCCAGCGAAUUGUCUGCUUUCGCUGGUUGGAGAAUGGGCUGGAUGCAGAGCAGGUGGACUACUAUGCUGUGGCCCUAAGGCGGCAGACGACAUGUGGGCCACAGGACUUUCCUAAGGAAUGCUUAGCCUCUGAUAUGGUGUUUCGCAAUGGAACAUGUACCUCGCGUACCACCACCUUGUGA